AUGCAUUCCAAUUACCUAAACCCAGAUUUCUUUUUUGUUAUCUGCUUCUAUUCUACCUUUGUUUCAUUACUUUGUAGGCACUGUUGGUGCAAGACUAUCCGUAAGCGGAUGCGGUUGAGUGUUUCGGGGCGGUCUUCCGCUCGAUCGGGAAUGAGUAGUGACACACGGCUCCCCGCUGCAGUCUUAGAGAGAGAGACGAAGGUGAUUAACUACAGCCACUCCACUUCACGGGCCAUGGCGGCUCAACUGGAGAACUGUGUCCGGUUGAUCCGCGGCUACCAAGCGUCGUUGCAGUACUGCAACGAAGAAAUCGAGGGGGCGUUGCUAUCUCUUGGCGUAGCUACGACCCACUCACUGAUUUCCUCCAUUACUUCCGUUAUGGAGGGCUUAGACACUCUCUCCGGGGUGUGCAGGGCCAUGCACGAGGGGUACAACGAAGAGGUGCGACAUCGCGAGGAUCUGCAUACCUCGCUGACAGGAGCGUAUAUAUCCUUAAAAGAGCUCCACGAAGCCACUGAGAAUGAGUUGAGAGAAGUUGUUGCGGAACGCGACCGAAAAGUGGCGGCAUUCGGGAAGGCCGUUGCCUACGUUGAGGCUGUGGUUGCGGAAAGGAUGCUCUGGCAGGAGGCGAACGGCUACAACUGCGCCGGUCUUCCAGUUGUGGAAAUGUCUUUUUCUGAGAGCUGCCACGAAGCGCUUAGAAAGUUUGAUGAUACAGUGUCUGAAGCACAGGGUGAAGGACACAGCAACGCAGAAAGCCUGCUAGCGUCCACAGAUGUCCCCCAAACACUCGCAAAGCGUUGGGACAAUGUCGAGAACUUGCGACACACGAAUGGACUGCCAUCCGCUCGUGUUCUAUAUGUUCCACCGAAGGAUGAGGUUGAGUUACUGCGCAAUGUGCUGGAGAUGGGUACAGGAGACCGCGCAUUAAUGUGGGACGUCCAGCAGAGAGAAAGGGCGCUCCAGGAUUCAUUAACAAACAUACAUGUGUUCGGGCACUCAUGUCUGAAGGCACUCCACAGUAUGCGAGAAGAACUCGCUGAAUUUCGGCAGUGGUUCUUAACGAUAGACCGGAAGUGCGAACCAAUCGUCGUGGCGAUGAGGAAACUCGGGAACGGAGUUUGUGGAUUAAGCAGCGCUUCGGAUAAGAAUCUCCCACAUUGA